AUACGUCCCCGGUCCCUUAUGACCCCACCUGCCCCGUAUCCAGAAACUUUACCCUCACCCCGCUACAUUCAGUCCCUCCCCCCGAUCCUCUCUCUGAUUCCGCCUUGCCUGCUGCCAGCCAGCCGUCCGUCCUUACGUCCGUCCGUCCACCGUUUGGAUCUAUGGUUGUGUCGGUGGAUUUCGUGACGUUAACCUGGCGGCCCUGAAAACGUUGGACUGACCGUACGAUUUUGACUACCCUUCUCGUUAGGGCGCGAAUGUAAGACGCGAGUGUUUUUUAAUCAUCGCAGCCACCGCACUGGAAUAUAUCAUAGACUAGUUCGGGUAAGAGAAGAGAAAUGUGUGGUGAAACUAACCGAUACGUUCCCGGUCGUGUUAAACUCCUCUAAAGGAGUAUAAGAAACUUUUAAACGACCAGUGUUUGAUAAAAAAAAAUUGGUGCAUAAGAAAAAAUUAGCUAAAUAUAUUUCUUUAGGUUCUGUUUCUUUCUUUCUUUUUCUUGUGCAUAUACAUGCACAUUCAUAUACACAUACAUAUAUAUGCAUGCGCGCGCACACACAUACACAUUCUAUACUAUAUAUACUAUCCUUUUCUUUUAUCUUCCUUUCUUUGAAGAAUAUGCGUAAAUGUAUAUAAUUUAUCCUUUCCGUUCAUGUAUAUAUUCGAAUCAACAUAUAUUAUUAAUUUAUAUCAUAAAAUAUAUUUUAUCCUUUUCUUCCCUUCUCUAUCUGUCCUUUUUUCAUCUUCUCUACAUUUAUUUUGUUUUUUCUUCGGAUAGAAUAAACGGGGUAAUAGAAAAAGAGAGAAAAUGAAUACAUCUGUACUUAUAUGCAAACUUAACAACUAUAUAGUGGAAUUACGAAGUGAAACUAUGUAUUCUUAUAGCAUUGUAACUGAAAAUGAUUCCAUAUAUACGAUACAUAUGUGCCGUCUGUGUUCGUCGAUUGUAAUGUUCAUCUGCAACAUUUAAAGUACGUUCUAAUCGGUUGGUCGAUCCAUCGAUUCGUUUAGUUCGUAGCGUGGCAAUUUAUUUACUUCAUAUUCUUCAGUUUUUUGGGCACAUACAUUUUUUCUAUUUUUCUUGCAGUUCUAUCUUUAUUUGAACUGUAUUUUUAAGAUUAUGGAAAAUAAUGUGUUUAUGUAGUGUUUCAUGGUGUUUCAAAGUUACCGACCGAGUGUUACUUCUACUAUUUUUCUGUGCAACAUUGCAACGUUUGGUUACUUGCAUAUUUAGAUUUUGUGUGUUCUGUUUCUUUUAUCUUCGACAAAUUUAAAGGUGUUUCGAUGAAUUUGUGUUUUGGUGAUAUAUUUCAACAGUGUAUCCUUUUUUUACCGAUACCAAAAGUUUUUUUCAUUCGUGAGAAUCACAUUUUAUAAUGGUGUCCGGAGCAGUGUCAGAGUGCUGGAGAGUAUUCAAGAUCCUGAAAUAGCAAAUCUAAUAAUAGGCGAUAUCUUAUUCCGACCACUUUUCGUGUGAACUUGAAGAGAUAACAACGCAGCGUGUGAUUAAUUAACGAACAAUCGAAUACUGCCGGGACUAUUGCUGUUGCUGCCAUUAUCACUACACAAAAAUAUAAGAAGAAUGAUAUCCAAAGAUAAAAUGCUUCGAUCGAUGAAGUAAUUUGCGCAACAAUAAAAAGAUUAGGAAGAAACAGAAUUAUUAAUUUCAAAUAUGUAUUAGAAAGCCUGUAUUAAAAAACGAAUGGAAACGAAACGAAAUAAAUACAUAAAGGAAGCAGAAGAAGAUUAAUAAUAGUGAAAGAAACAAUAGAAUGAUAUAUACUUUAAGAAGAAAAGAAUAUUGAUUUGAAUAUUUUUCGCACGACCAGUUUUGUGAUGAUUCGCAAAUGUGCGUAUGUGUGUACGUGAUUGUGUAUAUGUUAAACUGUGCGCGUAUGUUUCUCGUUCUGCCAUCUUGAAAGUCAUCCAAUUUCUUUCUCUUGGUGGCGCUGGCUCACGUGUGCGGGAAGCGUGCACGGUGCGUGCAUCGUACACGCACUGUGCUAGGUUGCUAUAAGCGAAGAAAUCUCGCUUUGAGAAUAACUGCAAAAUAAAGAUUUGUCGAUAGCAUAUAAUAAAACUGCGCGAUGAAAGCAAGUUUGUCGAUAAAUUUAUUUCUUUGUGGGAGUGAUAACGAGUGUCCUAACAAUAUUAAUAGUGAAAGCAGUAUCAAUAGCAAUAACAAUCUCGGCAACAGUACACAUGACAUUAGUAACAGUAAGAAAAACGUAUAUGACAAUGGUUUUAACGGCAACAAGAAAUCACAAGUGGAAUAUAAUGUGCAAGUUAAGUGUAAGCCAUAUGGCAAUGAUGAGCAGUUGCAUUUCUGUGAGGUGUACUCGUACUGAUUGUGAGUGCUAGUAGAGAAAGAGAAAGCGGGAGACAGAGAGAUAGAAGCCACCAAGACUCUCGUGGAGAGCGGGGCACUGAAAGAUAUGCGGACCUUUGUGCGAACAGCUGAAGCGGAAGUUGUGAGAACAAGUGGAGUGCAACGCGCUCCACCUAAUCGGUGAUAGGGUCAGUCGGUUAAAAGAAGACAAAAUUGGCGUUCGCAGCGACGGCAACGCGGCAUCUUUCGCGAUCACCUUUUCCUCAUCCCUUCCUUUUUCCUACUUCAUUUUGUUUCACUUCGUUUCCUCUCUCUUUUUCUCAAACUCUGACGCAAUUCAUUCGUUUAUUUUACAUAUUUUUCUUCUCUUAGUUAUCGAUAGAGAAAAAAAAUCUUGUCUUUUAUUUUGAUUGAAACUUUCGUAUAAUGAUACGCAAUUAAAAUGUUGGAAGAAUAAUGCAAACGAGAAUUCGUCGUAUAGAAGCCGCGUCGCGUUUUCUUACAAUAAUAAAGAAAUCGUCGCUGGAGCAACAGCGGAAGAAAGAAAUUUGAAAAAUCAGUUAGAUUAUGUUCCAAGUGUAUAAUAUCGAGUGAUAUGGAACGCAUGAAAGUGUAUGUAAGUUAGCAAGAAGAUAAAAACGACGAAAGAAUAAGAGAAAAGAGGUAGCGAGAAACAAACAUAACACGCAACAACGAAGAAACGAAGAGAAGACAGUAGUAGUGUAAAGAAAACAGAGAUGAUAAAGAAAAAAAAAAUCUACGAAGGGAAUAGCUUGUGAGAAGAAAAGCAAAAGUUUGCGCGACGUACAGUAUAAUGUGGAGUAGCGUGUUUCGCGAAAGUUUUUAAAAGUCGAUAUAGAAUUUAUAAAUAGAUCGGUUGGUAUACUCACAUAUGUGCACGCGUACGCAUGUGUGCGUGAUUACGCGCGCACAUGUACGUGAUUUUCACUCGAGACUGAAGCGGUGAAUUAUUCUCGCACGGAUCGACUACUCGUGGGGGAAAUUCGAGAUCCGGCUUACCUUCCACAGCUGACGUCAUUACCGUACACAAUGCGCUAGGAGUGAUGGAGACAGUGAGCAAGCAAGUCCAGGUAGUAAGCGGACUGGGGGUGGGGGGUCCGGUGGGCCCUGUGGGUCCAGUGGGGGCAGAUUUGCAUCACCAUCAUCAUCCUCACCCCCACUCCCAUCCUCCACACCCACAUGCCCACCCCCACGGUCAUCCUCACGGACCCCAUGGCCACUCACUAGUCGGUGUAACGUCGACCCCUGGCAGGGGUCAGACACAACCACCGGUCUCGCAUAACCAGCAUUUACCCGCGAGGUCUACUCCGGUACAGCUGCAUAGGCCGGCACAAAGUUAUGUAAACAUCAAGAGCAGCAGUCCUGUGUCUCCAAGAACGAUAGGAGCAGGAGUGACGUAUGUGCAGGGUGGUGCGGCUGCAUCUUCAGCGGCGGCGGCGGGAACAACCGGAAGUGGAAGUGGCGGAGGUCCUUCAAUCGGAGGAGGCGGUGGCGGUAGCGCAGGAGGUGGCGGUGGUAUCAACAACGCUGGUGGCGCGAAUAGUGGAACCGGAGUCGUUGGGACUGGAGCUGGUGCCGGUGCCGUUGGAAACGUAGCA